AUGUAUUUCCUACGAUCCUACCAGAGAAGUCGCUCGAAAGAGAAGGAAAAAGUGCUCACACCACAAGUGAUCAACCUGAACGACUCAGACGCUCGGCCAAAUGUGUCUACUUCAGUUCAGAAUGAGAACAAUCCCCCAAAAAAGGAGCGCUCCCAAUCCAAGGAGCGUCCAUUAUCGCCGUCCGCUGUUGUUCUCCACAAAGACACAAAAGAACGGCCCAGAUCACAUCACGACGCGCUGCCCCCGGCCCCGAAGUCGUCCACCGUCGGCUCGACGCGACCGAAGUCUCUGCAAGAGCCCGUCUCGCGGUCCGGGGAUGAGGUCAAAAACGAGCCGCUCAAUAGCAUCUACGAUACCCCCCUCCCACUGCCGAUCUCGCGACCCACGUCCCCGGAAUCUACUCUGUCCGCCGGCUCGAGCUCCACGAGGACAGGAACGACGACCAGAGCUCUCUCACCCACAAUGGAUACAUCGAUCGGCUCCCAAUGCAUUGAUAUCAACAGAAUGCUUGCGCCUCAUGGAUCCAUCCCGAUACCCGGAGGUAUGGCCGGGUCCCCUCCCAGAGCUCUCGUUUCGCCUCUUGGCUUCUCGUGCUCCCUCCAAGUGCCUCAAGUCGAAGACUGCGGGGAUCGAAAGACGUGCGAUGUUCUGAAAUACUUCGAUUUCCGGAAAGUUGUCAGCGACGAUGACGAGGAAGACUACGAGCCGUGUAUGCUUCGUACAAUCCUCCAUCCAGGUUCUGUUGAAAGCGCGACUUCCAACGCCAGCGUAGAUCCUCGUAGAUUAAGCGCUCGAGCUCGACAUCACCCCGACGAUGUGAGACCCGACCAACAAAAAAUAGAACCGCCAUCGACGGCCUCGUCGGGGGUCAGCGCGGGUUCUCCAUCGUCUUCUGGCCAGAGCAGUCCCGAGCCGCCGCCCGCACCGCCUAGUCAUCGUCACAAGCAACAUCUCAUUCGACGGGUUCUGCAGGCGCCUCUGGGGGGCAACAACCAGCAAGGAGUCAGUGGAGCAAGUAAGGCCAAAGCGCAAACUAGAGCCGAGCACCGGGAUGCUCAGAAGGCCGCCGCCGCUGCUGCAGCUGCAGCCGCCAUGCACAACUCGAAUUCCGUCAAGGACCUCCGUCUAUCUCAGGGUCCAACGGGUGCAGGUGUGAUGGGGCCAAUGCAGCCUCCGAUGUACCAACCGCCAGCAGCACUGUAUGACGACGAUCCAGGGAUCAUGUCAGAGGUCGAGACCUCUGCGACCGGACUCCGGAGGGGCACCAAGGCCCGCUCCAGCUUACCGAUCGUCAGAACGCCUAACAAGACUAACGAACGACCCCUGGAUCCGUCUGAUUUUGCCGGCGGGAUCUAUGCGUACAAUGAGUACGGCUCCGCAAUGAUGAUGUCCCUUGGUCUUGUGUUUCUACAAUACCGCAACGAGACGAAGAGAGCUCUUCUACCGAAUGAAAUCACAUCGAUGGACACCGUGAAAGCUCUUUUCGUACGCUCGUUCCCAAGACAACUCACGAUGGAAUACCUCGACUCGGCCAUCAUUCGCAUCUACAUUCACGACCCUGCGCGCGACAUGUUCUACGAGCUUGAAGAUCUACGUGACAUUCGAGAUCGAUCUGUACUGCGAAUUUACGAGCACGAUCCACAGAGCGGGGCUCCGAUAGUGUUCGCCCCGGCUCCGAUGCAUCCCCAGGAGGACAUGAGUUAUUUCUCGGAGCCCGAAUUCGACUCCGAUUACCCGAAUAACCACAGCAUGCACCGCCAACGAGGGCCUCCGCCUUGUCCUCCACCGAAAGGAUCGAAUUACUACGGCGUCCCAAUGUAUGCAAAUCGCGCGGGACCACCGCAGCCUCCGAUGAGACCGUAUUCGCCAGCGGCUAGCGAGCGGACGAUGCGAACAGUCCCUCCGGGCGCAGUUGCAGCUCCCCAAACGGGCUUCUCUCAAACGCUUCCCCGAGGGAUGACCUACUCAGGGGUUGUCCCAAUGAUAGCCGACGACAAGCGCCAAGUGGUUCCGAUGAGCCAGUCUCACCACGACCUCAACCCGAAAGUGGGUCCUCCCAAGCCGCAGCGGUUGGCCGGUUUCACCCCUCAGGGCGUUUCCCCUCUGGGGUCUCCCCAUAGUCCCCAACCGCCAACGGCCAGAGUCCCUAUCCCCGGACGCGCAUACAAUCCACACGAGAUGAUGCCGCGCUCACGAACUCCCGAAGGCUAUCUUAGUUCUCCCGAAAGGAGUUCGAGGAUCAUCUAUGAAGCCGAUCAAUUUUUCGACCCUCGACUGGCUCAAGGACCGCCGGGCGGUGGUCCGUUAGUUGACGAAGAAGCACGGCUGCGAGUGGAAUACAUGGAACGACAACUUGCUAGUUUAACAGGACUGGUUCACAAAGCUUUGGCGCCGAGUGGUCCAACGCCCCACGGCAGCUCCGUGAAUGUCCAAGGAGGCCACCACGGGAUUGGAGCACCCAAUCGACCUCAGCACCUCAUUCCUACUCGAGACACCGAUAAAGACGGCUCAUCGCCUUCAUCGACGCUUGCAAUGCCGAUCUCAAAGUCAAGACAAUCAUUCAAAGAGGAGAAAUCCGUAUCGUUCUGCGAAUCCACCUUAACACCAUCAACACAUUCACCUUCACAAGCCGAUAGACCAAUCAAACCCGCAUUGAAAGGGUUCCGCUCAUACUCUGUGUCGGAUGCGGACUACAUCGCGGCUUCGAAUCCGCCGGCUUUACCAGACAAGGAAUCGCGUCUGAACAAGCCUCCACCUCCUCCUAAACCAGCAUCUUUAGCUCAAAAAGGUGAAUUUCGUAUAUUCGCUCGAUCAAAAUCAAAAUCUCAUCAAAAUGUUCCACCUGAAAUGUGUGUUCAGCUCCGACAGUUACGGAAACAAAGUAAAGAUCUUCGCGUGGAGAUCAGAAAUCUCCGUCGAAUGGCUCAAGCGCAGGCAGCAGCCCAAAGGGAUGCAGUAAAGGACACGUGCACUAAGAUAAACGAGGCGAUUGCGCAAGUGAAAAGCGCCCAGGAGAAGGAGGAUGCUGAGAGCACUUGCAAGGAUCGGAAAAAAGUUUCCAGAGAGGAAACCUCCUAUAACGCUGACGCUACAAGGCUCGAAAAGGACCUUGCUGAACUGGAAACUCAAGUGGAGGAACUGCGCUCAAAUGUCAUCAACAGACGUUGUCGUGUGAACAUGUCGAACGUCGAAAGCAUGGCACUGGUACUCUCGAAAGCGAGUAAAACCGUUGCAGAUCUCAAGAACCGGUUCCCUUCUCUUCAGGACACGAUGAAAACGGUCAUAUCGGCCGAAAUGGAGACAGUCGUCCGCGAAGAGAAAUUCCUCAAAGAAGAACCUGAACGGCUCGAGAAUGCACUCCGAAGAUGUAAAAAGCUCACCGGAACAUUAGUUACACUUAAACGACUGGCAUCGGUUCAAGAACAGCGGCACACAUCUUUACCCGAGAAGUCAGUAUCAACCGACGGACCCCAUAGCGACGGCGAGCCCACUCAAGCCAGUCAGUCCCGAGUAAGUCUCCCCCCAGGAGGAUCAAGCGGAUUGAGUGGCAAUGGUUCAUCAAAUCGCGAGAGACGCCGGUCCGAGAACGCACUCGACGCUUUGCUAGAUGAACUGCAGACAUUCUCCCCGCGUUCAGCUGAGUCCCCCUCUAAAAAGUCGCUCCCGGUAGAAGCAGUCAGCGUUAGCGGAGACAAUAGGAGCAAGUCGACAACUCCUCCAGGCAAUGUCGGCAAAAAGACUCCACCGCCUCCUCCCCCUAGGACCACAAGCAAAAGCCCCGUUCAGAGUCCAACAGGAAACGGGCACCAGCAAACUGCCCGCAGAUGCCAAUCGGAACCUCCCUCAAUCAGGAAAAUCAGCGAGCAGAACAGCUCUGGAAGCUCAGAGAGUGUGAACUCGCAAGAAGGCACCCAGAACAGACAGGAGCUCUUGGAGCAGAGACAUCAGGAAUUGCUCAAGAAGCAGAAACUUCUGCAAGAGCAAUACGCAAGGUUACAGCUGCUACAGAAGCUGUCUCCGCCGAAGCCUGAUUUGAAGAAAACCGGAUCAGAAAGUAACAUUCUCCACAAGGCAUCUGGUAUCUGCACCAGCCACACCUCAGGAUCUCUCACCUCUUUAGCGUGCCCACCGGCGCAGAAGCUCACCAGCUCACCUUCGCAGCCCCAAUUGGCAAGGAACAAAAUAUACGAGACCGACAUUCUCUAGCUAACCGCCUACCUGAACUCUGUGCUCAACAAAAAGACCCCGAAUCCCUUCCAACAGAAUGAACUCGGAAGAAACGUGGCAGCGACUAACAAUAAGACCCCAUCGACGACAUCUUGAGCAGAUUCAAUCACUCUUCGCACAGAGUGAAGGUACUCGGGUUAUGGACAGAAGAAAUUACAAUUCAGAGCAGAAGUCAGACAAACAGAAGUGAGAACUGCACAGUGUGAAUUGCCGUGAGAGUACAACUUCAAAUACUACCUUAGCAUGUUCGUAAAGGAUCUCGUAGACCCGAGAAACACUGGGGCUGC